GGAGUUUUGUGUGCUGGUCUUCAUCGCAUUCCCUCCUUGAGCCAAGUUUGGACGUUCAUCUCUCUUCUUGUUCCAUUCCUCAUACACCCAGCAAUCAAGUUUAAACAAGAACUACUACUACGUUUUAGUUUUUGGUUUUCCAUCACAGCACACAACGGACACUAGACAAUACCAUGGACACCACCGCACACAACGACCAGCAGCCACAGGAACAGUCAUCGUCUUGGAACUCCGUCCUGGGCACACCAAGUACAUCGCUUCUACGGAGUCGUCAGGGUCAUGCAUCAACCUUGACGGAAUCUGCUACAGGGCCGAACAGUGGUCUUCCUCAGGGAGCUUCGAGUGCGAACCGUCUUCAUGCUGGGGCGAUAGGAACGACAUUACAGCAUAAGGAGAAGGAGGAGCAGGAUUCAACAGGGCGGCAAACGGAACAGGGUCCACAGGAAGAUAUCGAUUCAUUAACAGAGACAGUAGUAUCAGCAACAGUUUCAGCCGCUUUAGCGGGAGGACCAGAAGAGGUGGUAGAGGCCGCGGGAGGGGCGGUAGCUGUCCCGGCGGCGGCUCAUUUGGAGAGCUCAGUCGUGGGCUCGACGGUCGUCUCUGCGACGACGACGGAGAUGCAUGAGAAGGAGGUGCUGCAGCAACCGUCGACGGGCACGGACUUGAUGGAUUCGGAUGCUAAUGCCGAGUUCUCGUGCAAUAUCUGUUUCGAUACCUCGAUCUCGCCGGUGCUGACGCUCUGUGGACAUUUGUUCUGUUGGUCAUGUCUUCAUCAAUGGCUGGAUGCUCAACGUCAGAAUCCGACGUGUCCGGUGUGUAAGGCAGGAUGUGCACAGGAUAAGGUCAUUCCGAUCUAUGGACGGGGUAAAGAGCAUGUCGAUCCAAGGUCGACGACACCAAAGAGACCUGCGGGACAAAGACCAGAGCCGUUCCGGAACCCGAACCAGACAGGAUUUACCUUGGGGACGGGACAGGUGACGUUUACAGGGACGAUGAUCCCGCCGUUCAUGUUUUCGCCGUUCGGGAUCCAGUACGGAGCAUCGUACACCGGGAACAUGGGAACUAAUGGGGCAGUGCAAACUCCUAUGCAGGCAUAUGUGUCGCGGAUGUUUUUUAUGUUGGGCACGUUGAUCUUGGUUGGGAUCCUGCUUUACUAAAAAAAACUCGAACAGGAUAUCAUAGCGCCGGCGCCUUUUUUUUUUUCUUUUCUUAUUUUAUUUUUUAUAUAUUUUGAUAAUACCCCCUCUUUCUUUUCACCACGACCCGCCCUCAUAGACAUUACAUUCCAUGAUAUACGAAAAUAAAAGAUAUAAAGAACGGUGUCA